AUGAAAUCAAACACCUCGCAACACCAACUCUCUCAAACCACUUAUGCAUCAGAUACCCACAAAGACACCAAUCAAUCCACAACUACUUGGCCUAUUUCUCAUGAAACUAGUACAGAUCAUGAAACUCAUUCUAAUCCAUCUUAUACUUUUGUUGAGCCAAUCAAAACAGAUUCAGUUGCUUAUAUUCCACUGAUGGACGUAUCUCCAAAAUGCCACGAAUCAGAUUUUCAAGACGAUAAUUGUCCACUGAUAUUUUCAACACAUACAGGCACUGAUUUGGAUGAGGCAACAUCUGCUGGUGAUGGGACAUCCAACAGUCGCGUCUCGCCUGAUACAGCAACAAGCUCAGCUUCUCCUGGAACUCAAAGUAGUAUUCCGCAUACAAUUCAAUGCACACAUAAAUGCACGGAUAACAAUGGAGCUUGCUUUCGAAAUAGUACUCAACAUAUCCCAUCCGUAGCCAUCUUUUGGGACUUUGAAAACUGCGCACCACCCGCUGCUGUUCCUGGAUACGUUGCAGUUCAAAAUAUCCGUAAAUCGCUUCGACAGUUUGGUCCAAUUGCAUAUCUUGAAGUUAGAGAGACAUUUAUAAAGAGCAUGCGAAGUGAGCUGCAAUCGAGUGGAUGCUCAGUGAUUGAUACCCCUCAUAAUGGAAGAAAAGAUGCAGCAGACAAAAUGAUCAUGGUUGAUAUGCUGUCUUAUAUAAUCGAUACACCAGCUCCAGCAACCAUUGUAUUGAUUUCAGGAGAUCGAGAUUUCCUGUAUGCCUUGGCUGUGCUUCAAAACCGUGGCUACAACGUUGUUCUUAUUGUACCCAACAGAGGAGCAAGUCCUAUUCUUCGUGCACAGGCAUCUAUUGUUCUUGAAUGGCGGUACGAUAUAUUUGAUGAGCAGGUUGUAGCACAGAUGCAACGAGACCGCGAUGAGGCAACAAUGCGUGUGUCUAAUCUUGCUCGAUCAACUAGCCAGUUGAUGGCUGCUGGUGGUAGUUUUGAAAACUUGGUGUGUAAUAAUGGGAAUACAGGAUGGAAAAGUGAUUUUGGCAGUAUGGGAUAUGAGAAACGGACUGCUGCUCCUUUGAAUAUCCACGUUGCUACACAGGAUACAGGUGUAGAACAUAGCAGUAAUUUUGAGCACAUGCAAGAGUAUGAAAAUGAUAUUCCAGCCUAUUCACCACAUGCUCCUGGAUACUUUGAUGCUCUCAUGGAAAUUCUUCAAGCUGCAAAGCAGUCUGGCUAUCUAGCACGUUACUAUUUACUAACAAAUAUUUAUUUUUGUCAUAAUACAUGGGAUAAAGUAUUCAAACCAAGUAAAGCCAAGAUUGCUUCAGAACUGAUUGCACGAAAUCCAAUGAUCCUUCAACGAGCAGGAGUGCACAGUAUGGAUGAUUUUUUCAAUAUGGCCGUCGAGGCUGGGUUGAUUCGUAUUGGCGGUAUUGGGCCGGGCCAAUGGAUGACAUGUAUUUACCACUCAUAG